CGUGAGCUUGGUGCCGAGCUGGGGCGAUGCUCGUCGCUCGCGUGUGCUUCGCGAUUGCACCGAGUGCUCGCCAUUCCGUGUCGUUACGCGCGUCGCUCGCCCCUAAUCGACAUCGUCGCGCCCGAUCCACGUCCCCGUCGCCGUCGUCUCAGCCCUCGACCUUCCACGGAUCGUCGUCUUCGCCGACGUGGUGCCCGUCGCUGUCCCCGUUGAGGCUGGUGCCGCAACGAGGCCCGAAGGUGCAACGACCGUGCGACCAUCGGACAGCCGCACGUGAGCACGGAUUCGACGCGAGAUGAGAAGAAACGUCUGACAAAACGGAUCCCAAAGGCAUGGCCAGCAGCACGGAGGAUUACGGGUCGGAAUUACAGGAGCUGCAGUGGGGUGGGGGCGGGGGGUCCCACUUCCUGCGUAGCGGUUCCCACUUCCUGAGGAGCGGUACCGGCGGUUGUUACGAAGCCGAGGAUUUGGAGCCGACGAGCAGGCACCAUGGCAGCCAGCACAGGGGAUAUUACAGCCCUCCCGGCACGAGUUACACGAUCGUCGAGAGGCCGCCGAGUGCCCCGCACCACCAUUCGUCCCACACCACCCCGUACAGGCACAGGGGGCACGCCACAGCAGGAUCUGGCGCCAUCUCACCUGAGCAGGUGCUUAGACUUUUCGGAAACGGUGUCUCGGAGCGUCGACAGGGGGACAGGAGGACACCGGCCUCCUCGCCUGCGAGCGUUGCCGCGGUGAGAAGCACACCAUCCUCGACGUCCCAGCAACAGCAGCAGUCCCAGCAAUCGCAGCAGUCGCAGCCGAACCCGGCCAAUCCCCCGACCUCGCCGAGCUCCCAGCCCCUCAGCCUUCAGGAACUCACCGUAAGGACAAUCACCAUGACGAGAGAUCCACCGGACUCUCAUGGCUUUGGGAUCUGCGUGAAGGGUGGCAAGGACGCAGGUGAGAUCCGAAGUACCUUCAGGCUACCUCCAUCGCCGUACUUCGCGCCUCAAGAUCGAGGGGUGGGUGUCUACAUUUCGAGGGUGGAGGAGGGUUCGGUGGCCGAACGUGCUGGACUCAGGCCAGGAGACACCAUCUUGGAGGUGAACGGCACACCCUUCCGGGCGGUGACCCACGAGGAGGCCCUCAAAAUGCUAAAGUCCUGCAGAACGUUGAGCAUGACCGUACGAGGCCCAGCGUUGGAUCCACGGUGCAGAGGUGGGCAUCCUGUCUGGUCCUCUUCCGGUCGACAACAGUCCUGCAGCUGGAUCGACCGUCAAGGUCGUCCAACCUCGCCACCGCCGCUUUAUCCACCUCGAGACCCUAGGUACGGACCAAGGACGAGAAAGGUCGAGCUCUGCAUCGAGCCUGGCCAGUCCCUCGGCUUGAUGAUCAGGGGCGGCCUCGAAUACGGCCUUGGGAUUUAUGUGACCGGGGUCGACAAGGACAGCGUGGCAGAUCGGGCUGGACUUUUGGUAGGCGAUCAGAUCAUCGAAGUGAAUGGGCAGAGUUUCGAGGAGGCGACCCACGACGAGGCAGUGGAAAUAUUGAAGACUAACAAAAGGAUGACACUCCUGAUUCGCGAUGUGGGAAAAGUGCCACACUCUUGCACCACGAGCCAGCCUAUCGUUGUACCGACGACUAGAUACCCUGAACACGAUCCUCUGCUCUUGGAGAGCCCUGGAAACCAUCGACCACCGAGUCCUACUAUCGCGAGCGAUUGGAGGCACAGAAACGUACACAUGGUUUCUGCCGCAACUGCCGCGAUGGUGGAGGAAAAAGCGAGGGUGGUCCUCGCGAGGAGCGAGAGGGCCGCCCUUUCUCAGCUUCUGGCCGACUACAGGACGCGUCGAAUGACAAUCGAGGAGUUGGUUGUCAGUUUAGGCGACUUGCUGAACACACACGAGAAAUUGACUCUGCUUACCGAGCUCAGGGAACUCGUCGACAGCAAAGACAGAGCUGCCUUCGACGAUUUGGUUUACAGGCCUCGAGUAGCAAGGAGAAAAGGUGAUCGCGCCCAUUCGGAUUUAAUAGUGACGCCAUCCCUUCACGAUCUUCCGAGGGGUGUGCAAGGUGGUUGUUGCCGUCCGGGACGACUGGUGGACGUCGAGGGAGAUCCUCUAGGAGUGACAGGACCUCUCCUGCCAAGGGAUAACCAGGAAUAUAGAUCACCCAGCGAGGACAGCGGUCUCGGGGCCGACAUGCCCAGGACCAGAGCUGGGUGCAGGAGGACGCCGCAGCACCAAGUGACCACCUCCGAUCUCGCCCUCUCCAACGACGACGAGUGCGACAACCAGGUACAGAAAAUUGUUCGAGAGAGGCAGAGACGCACGACCUUGAGAAGUUGUCCCGUUGAACGUGUGAACGUUCCCCGCGGUAUUGGUGAACGCGAUAAAAGGGUUGUUCGUCGAUUUCUUUUCCAGGAUUACGAGGACGAGUUGGAGAACGGGCGUGGACGUAGGCACAGCUCGCCAGGUGGCUCGAGGGGGAACCCGAGGGAUUACGGCCAUCAUCAUCUUCAUCCGGACAAUUUGGAGAGCGACGGUGGUUGCGAUGGUAGCGACGCCGAGAUGAUCGGUAAUGGGAGACGCGGAGGCGGAACGGAAAGGGAUCGCGAUAUGGAGGAGGAUGAGGACGAAGGAAGGGAGGAAAGGAGCUCAGAGGGUGGAGGUGGUGGAGGUUUCGGUGGUUGGAGGUCCCACCUGCUCGGUGGGCUGACGCAACGUGUCAAAUCCUGGUACUGGGGCGCCAGGCCCCUCGAACUCGCGCAAAAGCUCUCGCGGAGCUUCGACAUGCAGGAGGCUCAGCUCCUCGAGGAGGGUGGUUCUGGUGGCGCUACAGCGGGUGCUGGGGGUGCGGGUGGCCCGCCGCGAAGGCAUCACAGCGCUCAGAGAUUGACCAGGAGCGAAAUAUCUGAAAGAAGGGAAGAGGACGGCGCGUUGGUGGUCCCCGAUCACCAGGGCAACCUGAGGAUCACCGUGAAGAAGACCAAGUCGAUUUUGGGCAUUGCCAUCGAGGGCGGUGCCAAUACCAAACAUCCACUGCCCAGGAUCAUCAAUAUACACGAUAAUGGGGCAGCUUACGAGGCCGGUGGCCUCGAGGUCGGUCAACUGAUCCUAGAAGUCGAUGGACACAAAGUGGAAGGUCUCCAUCAUCAGGAGGUAGCAAGACUGAUCGCGGAGUCGUUCGCGAGGCGCGAUCGCAACGAGAUCGAGUUCCUGGUAGUGGAGGCGAAGAAGAGCAACCUGGAGCCGAAGCCGACAGCGCUGAUAUUCCUGGAGGCGUAGCAGGAAUCUCCCACCUCCGAGCCGGAACCACCGUAGCCCAACCUGACCAGAGCUCGGCCCGCGACACACUUGGAGCGUCGUCGACGCUGAACCGACGUCAUAAGAAGCUGAAGAGAUCGAUGAUGGACCAGGAAAUCGAUCAUCAAGCUCGUCACCGAUCGAAAACGAUGCGGAACGAGAGUUAGGAGGACGACGAGCUUGCUCUUCAUCUUCAUCGAACGCUCCCGAUUCGACGGUCGAGCUCUUAGUCAGGUGCUAAUCGAACCUGGCCUUGGUGGUGGGAAUUCUCCAGAGGAAGAAUAAUACAAAGAGAGAUAAAAGAGAAAAAGAAAGAGAUUAAAAAGAAACGAGCCACAUGGGGGGAGGGGGGGAGACAGAAAGAAGAUGUUGGGUGGCGAAUGAAACUCGAUUAGCGAGUCAAUUGGAUGAUAAUUAACGCGUGAUUCGCCUCUUGUUGACGAGCCUUAGGGCUAACGGGACUGGCAUUGAAAGCUUCUAACCUUUACCCGUGAAGCUGUGUAACGAGAGGUGGCUCCGACGAGAUGAGAAUCGUUCGACGAGGAAUAAACGUGGAAGAUCCGAUGAAACACAGGAGUACAAAGGAAAUAUAGUUGAAGAUCUAUUAUUAUAAAGGAAAGACGCUAUGAGUGCGAGGAUAACGUUACAUGGGAGUUGGAAGAUUGACUGUGCCAAACUAUUAAGGAUUGUUUCGCGUAUAUUAAUUACGAUACCCUUAAUCCUAACGAGAUUCAAUCAGAGACUCUCAACCAGAGAGUAAGAAAAGAUUCACAAGUACGAGGUACCAUUUGUGGGAUCCUGAGUGCUACGAACUUGUGCUAACACCUCACGAUGACGGUGUUACGCGUGAACGCUCUCGGAUUAUGCUCGAAGCACGAACACGAUCACGAAGAAAGGUUUUCACGUGCACGAGUCGAACGUGCCACGAUUAUGAGACACACGUGAGACACGGUGGUUCACUGUUGACUAAAAUACGAAGAUCCUAUGGACGGUGUCGUCGGUCAGGAUUUUCGUCGAUUCAAUUUCUCGUUGGCUUAUUUAGCGGCGGUGAUGACAAUCGGUGUCGAGAAAAAAAUUAUAAUUUCAAACUGAUCCAUAUAUACAUGUAUAUAUAUAUAUGUAUGUAUGUACGUAUAUAUAUGUAUUUGGUGCUAUUGUCUCAAAUUUUUCAAGUUUUCAAUUAAAAAUAUUUUAUUUCUAACCUUAAAUUUUAAGCCUGUUAGAACCUUCGACUACAGAUGCCCGAAACUCUAUUUUUGCACAUAACCUAGAUAAGCGUUAGUACGAAAGUAAAUCAACAGGCGGCGUUGCAUGCAAAGAUCGAGGAGCAAAAUCGACGAAAAUCCGAAUCGAGGAGAGGCAGAGACUAAACAUAGACUUAUUAUUGGGAAUUGUUGAGGCUUAACAAAAUAUAUUAUAUAUACACGUAUAUUAUAUGAUAAUAUUAUUGACUAUUGUAGUGGAAUUGCAAACUUGUACCUACCCGAUCGCACCUCGCUCGCCGACUUCCGGUCGCGCGGUCGGUUAUCGUGAAGAGCGCGCAGAAGGGAAAAACGGAGAGGAUUCUAUUAAGGAUAAUUGCGAUAAUAUUUUCAACGAAUUAAAAAAAAAUAAAAAAUGAAAAAAAAUAGACAACGCGUACUUAGCAAUGAGCCUGAUCGUUCGAAAUUUUCGAGGAGUCGCGGACGAUCGCGGCAAAAGUUUGUGCAAAAAUUUCUUAUUCAAAUCGUGGUCCGAGGAAAAGAAAGAGAAAAAUAAUUUUUCACGACGCGCGAAAUUAAUUAUCAUUCGACGACGAGAUAAUCGUUGCUUUACGUAGUCGAAUCGCGAUAGUGGAAAUAGCGUUGUUGAAAGCGACGAUUCCUUUCUAUUCGAACCGUGCUCCACGCUUGGAAAACUCGAGCGCACUGUAUUUUUCGUACAAAGAUAUCUCGUGCUUUUUCACUUCGUGGUCUCGUUGUGGAUCGCGUCGUUUAGACAUUUUUUACGAUGAAUCAUAUAGAGGAGGGAGGGGGGGAGAGAAGAUUUUUCUAAAUGAAUGCAAUUUGUAUCUUUAUUGUACUCGAUGUGAUUCUCGAAUUUUUCGAUCGUGGCGCACGAUCCCGUCGAUUUCACCGGUCGUUAAUUGGAAAAACAAGGAAGAUAAUUUAUUACGUGAGUUAGUAGAGCGGUUCCUAUUAAUUUCAUUUAUUUAAAUAUUAUAAUUUUUUCGUAUCCAUCUCAGGAUAAAAAUGAUUCAUGAUUUUUUAGAGAUGGAAUUUUAUUUCGCUCGUUUCAUUGAAUAACAAGAAAGUAGAAUUCGUACGUGGUUUGCGUUAAUGGAGAAGGGAAGAAAGUAGAAUUAAAUUUCAAAUUAAGUAGAAAGUUUGAUUUCCUACGAUGGAAAACAAAAAAAAAAAAAGAAAAAAAAGAAAAAAAGAAAAAAAAGAAAAAAAGAAAAAAGGAAGAUCGGUUUCAGGAACUGGUUUGUUAAGAACGUGUUUCGCCAACUAUUUAAAUAACGUAAUUGUUACCGCAAUAAUUACAUUUACAUAAACGAGUAGUAGUAUUAAUAAUUAUCAAUUCGUGAGUAUAACGUAGCGAACGUUGUUGUAAAAGUAAAUGGUUAUACGUCUUGUUUAAUAUAUCUACCUGUUACCAAGUUAAAUGUAAUUUUACUAGUAGUGUGUAUAAGUUGAAUAUCGAUGAGUCCACGAGUCGUUUUAUCGAAUAAAACCGAUGAUCGUCCGCGAUUUUGCUCGCUUUUAAAGAGGAAAAAAAGAGAAAAAAAAAAAAAAAAGAAAAAAAGAAAGAUAAAAAGAAAAUAAAAAGAAGUAAAAAAAGAAAAAAUCGCGAAAAAAAUACUGUGCAAGCUUAAAUAAUUAUUAUCGCGUAUGUGUAAUAACAGCAGAAUCGGAAGGCGAGCCGAUGAGAGGAAACGAGAGGCAUCGGUGAUUCAAAGAUUCGAAGAAAAAGGUUUCUUUCCAAUUUUUGAUAAUCCCGUGUUAUUUAUGAAUGUGUUAUUUAACUUCUCGAACUUCUCCUUAAAAAGAUUCUUCUAUCUCGAUUCUUUGUAAUUCCAAGGUUAAAAUUUGUUAAUUUUCAAUGAAAAAUUUUCACCGUGAACGAUCAAAAUAUAUUAUUGAAUGAAAAUAACGUUAACUAUUCUUAAACGUUUGAAAGGGAAAAAAUACAUUGAAUUUUUUAAUCGUUGGUGUAAACUAACCAAGAGAAGAACGUUUUCAAACGGUGAUGUACCUGGAUGCGUGUACAACGUAUACCGGUAAAUGUGCCAAAGAGUAAAAAAGGACAGAGAAAAAUCAAGAAGAGAAAGAAGAAGAAACACGGCAUAAAACUCAGAAAAGUUGUGCAAACGAUCGUAGAUGGGAAUCAUCUGUCGUGUGGACGAGCAAAGAAGAAAAAACGAUUCAAAAAAGAAAAAGAAAAAAGAAGAAGAAAGUGUUUCGUUGCUGAUGUGCACUUGAUUUGUUUUCCUCGUUAUUUUCUAGCGCAAAAGUGCAAUUGUAACCGCUGUCUCGAGACGAUUGUAAGAACGACAAAUGAGGAAGAAUAAAAAAAAAAAAAAUGAAAAUGAAGAAACCACGAAAACAGUAAACGCGGCUGGCUGCUUUUCGAUUAAGCGUACAUACAAAACUAAAAAGAUACCUCGUGUAUUAACGUUUCUCCCUGUUUUCGAAGCGAAUUUUUCUAACGCAGCAUCCGACGUCCCUGAAAAAAAGAGAAACAAAGAAGAAAUAGAAAAAAGAUAAAAAAAACCAGCGAAACAGUAGCCGACUCUGUCGACAAUUAUAUUGAAAAAGAAUAAGAUAAAGAUGAAAGAGUAGGAAGAUCAUGGAAAGUGGGGCGCGAAAAGAAGAAAAGGGGAUGAUUAUUUUUGUAAAAAUGCCUUCAACGCAAUCACAGGAGCGAUUCGAAGAUCUCAGCUGACAUAUCCGACAAUGCCUUACCGCUUUGAAGAAACGAGAAGAAUAAACGUGAACAAUGAAAAAAGAAAGCGAACCGAUCACGAUCGAAAAUGGAAAAUCUCGCUUCAACUUCUCUCAACUUGAUCAACUCCCCGUGGAAACGAAACGAGGAACCAGCGGCGAGCGAUUUUUUUUUUUUCCGAUCUUUCGAUUUUGCUUAACGAUCCGAUGCGACGUUGAUUAUCUUUCUGGUCGAGGAGUUAUGUAAAACGAGGAAAGUGGGGAAAAACUGGUUCUAUCGGUCUCUAUUCGAGAUGGAUAAGUUUUCCAGCGUUGUUCGAUGAUCCAUUUUGCUCGAAUUUUGUAAAAUCGUAUUAUAUAUCGAUCCUCAAAGGAAAGGAUUUAUCGAGGUUGUUCUCCUUCUCGUCGAUAAUAAGUGGCUUUUGAAAAGAAUUCUCCAAGCUUCCUUAUUAAAAAUUCGUCUAAAUUUAGAGAUAAGAAAUUUUGAAAGAAUAUUGUCUUUCUUUUUUUUUUUUAUUUCACCCCGAUAAAUUGAUUGACUUUCAAUUGAGAACGUAAUCGGUAAGUUUUUUUCAUCGGAUUUGCAACGGAAUAUAUCCAAAAAUAGGAAAUGGAAAUGGAAACGUUUAAAUCGUUUAAAGACUGCCAAACAAUUACCACGUACAUUUAACGAAGCUACGUUAUCUUGCACGAUGUACGCUUCACGGUCGCUGAUCCCUCCCUCCGAUCCCAUCGAGGCAAGAAGAGAAAACAUGCUAGCUAUUUUUCCACUCCCAAGUUCCCUUUAUUCGUCUGGCAGACGGAAGUUUCGAGCGUACGUGUCUCAAGGAAAACAGAAACUGUCGCUCUCGGUUGAUCGCUUUCCAAUUCUCGAAAAAAGAGCAGCGAAAGAGAAAGGCAGAAUGCAUUCGUACCAACGAAGAUCAUCGUGACUCCCCUUCGAUUCCACGAUCUAUCAAUCUGUCUACGCAUCGAUUCAGAAUUAUCUAUCGACUUUUUUCUUUUUUUAUUUGAUUCGACGAUAAAUUUUGAUGGAACGAACUUGGAGAUGAUGAUUUAAUGUGAACGAAAAUCGAAUUAAAAUCGGGUGACGACGAUCGAUCACAAUUUUAACGACGACGAUUUUAUUCUCAGGGAAAAUCGGUUUCGUUACCGAUUUCCGGUAAAACAGAUCGAGCGAUCGCGCUUAAUCCAGCGUUGAUGUCUCCGCGUAGUCCGUGCUCUUCUCGCCACUUUGACGUUUUCUUUCUGUCCAAGAUAUUCGACCUUCGAUUUGUCUUUGCUUCUUCUUGUCUAGUUUGACAAACUAAGUUGUUAACGUUGUUCGAAUAUUUGGAAUUGAUCUUUUUCGAUCUCGAGGAAAACAAAAUUAUCGUUAUUACAACGAGGCUGAUAUCAAUAUAUAUUUGAUCAUUUUCUAGAAGAUUAAUAAUAAUUAUUACUUGAGAAUUACACGUUCAAAGAUGCAGACACUGCUCGAUACAAACGAUCCCUCAAUUAUUCUUUUCUUCUUUUUUUUUACGAAAAAGAAGAUUUAAUGAACCAGUUUCUGUGAAUAAAAUUACCGUGUAUAAUUGUAUAUAAUUUAAAGUCACUAGAGAGAUAAAAGAAAAUUACUUCCAAAGAUUCAGAUCCAACAGGCACGAACAAACCACGAAACGAUUAAUCGGCAAUCGAUUCGAAUCAAUCAAUUAGACCUCGAAGGGGAAGCAAGAAAGCAAUCGAGCAAAACCAGUCGCGAUAGAUGUAUCGAUUAGAGGAGAACACUUUAGACGAGACACAAACUGGGUCGCGUCCACGAGAACCUUACAUUAUUUAAAAUAAUAGCGUUGGGCCCGUUGUGUGAGGGCCUGUCACAAAAAAUUGCGCGUGUCGCGCUGCACAGUGAAGAAAGAGCGUCGUAAUCUAGAAAAGAGCGAUUUAUUUUUUCAACGAACAAACAGAAACAAAAGAAAGAGAGCGAGAGCGAGCGAGAGAGAGAGAGAGAGAGCGAGAGAGCGAAAGAGAGAGAGAGAGAGAGAGAGAGAGAGAAACGAAACGAGAGAAACACACGGACUCGUAAUACCACGUUAAACCUGUUCAGCUUUCGCACGUUCACCAUCCGCAAACUUGCUUUUUCUCGAUCGGCCGUGGAACCGUGAGUGCGGGCGAGCAUUGAAAUCGAUCCUCUCCGCACCGAUCAUGGAGAUCCGAUCACGUGAUGAAAGGUGAGACACGGAUUUCGAGCAGGGGAGGAGGCACGUGACUGCGUUCGAAACGCGAUUUCCUCUUUCUUGCGCCCGAGACAAAAAAAUGGGGGAAUUGAUUUCUUAGAGAUCUUGGAGAUGAGGCGAUCUUGGGUAUCGUUUAGAGGAAGUUGGUUACAAGGAGCUUGAAAAAUAAUAGAGCGAUCGAAUUAGAAAUUAAAAAUUCUACGAGUAUCGGAUUUAAUUCGAUAAGAAGUUAGUUUUACGUUUUACGAAGUUUGAGAUAAAUGAAUAAAUGAUUUACGUUCGAUUCGUGGAAGCGAAAAUGAAUUGGAAACUUUUCCAAAAAAUCCAGGAAUAAAACGGAGAUGAAUAGACAGAUAAAUUCUAGAGACAAAGUUGUAAUUAUAGAAAAGAGUAUUAAAGAUUCGAGAGUAAAAAAAAGAGACGUUUCUCUACACUUUCUUAAACGUCAAACGCGAAAAAUUCCUCUUUCGGAAUGAAAUCAAUUGUUGUUCUUUUGGAGAAAAAAGUUUCGAAAAGGCUCGCAUUCACGGUGCCACGCGAAAACUGAAAACUCGAUCGACAAUCGAGUGAUUCGCGUGGAUCUUUAGCUUCUAAGCUUCGUACACACACACACCCUCGCAACAAAUCGUCGUGAAACGUGCGAGAAAAUCGAAUAAGAAGAAACGUGGCAAGGAGCGCGCACAGGAUUCGCGAGGCGGAAAUUAUCGAGGCGUGUCGCGAAGAAACGAAUCGACUGUGGUCAUUGGCGGAUAAAAUCGCUGAUCGAAUUUUAAAUCAGAUGUAACUGUACUCGUAACGUUUCAAAUGAACACUCUGUACAUAAGCAAACCGCUCGUUCAUACCGCGUUUCAUAGAUCAUCCUUUUUGCAGCCGAUUUCGUACACCUUUAGCCGACACGUAUACGACACGUACUGUAGAGAGAGAGCGAGAGAGCGAGAGAGAGAAAGAGAGAGCGAGAGAGAGAGA